GAAAAAAAAAGUCGAAUCGAUCAAUAUAAAAGUCUUAAGCUUCUUCGUAUCAAGAAACCAAGUCCCAAGAAACUCACAUCUCUCAAUCAUUAUAUAUUAAAUGGCGAAUUUCGAGAGUCUAUCUUCUGAUUUUCAGACAAUAGCCAUGGAUAUAUAUUCUUCCAUAGCUCAAGUUACAGAUCUAAACAACAACAACAGCAACCUUCCUUUUCAAUCAUUUCCUCCUUUCUCCACUUCUCUCGACUCGCUCUUUCUUCAUCAUCAUCAUCGUCAUCAACAACAGUUACUUAAUUUUCCCGGAAAAUCUCCAUACUGCAGUGAUGAUAAUUAUAAUCAUUUCUCCUCAGCUUCAACUUUCGUUCACUCCAACGUCGAAGAGGCUAAGAAGAGAAAAGCUUUUUUACCGACUUUGUCUUCAUCGGAGAAUAGUGGCGUCUCUGAUAGUGCGAAUAUUAAUACCAGUGAAACCGGUUGUUUGAGAAGAGGUAAAAGAUUGAAGAAGAAGAAAGAGGAAGAUGAGAAAGAGAGAGAAGUUGUUCAUGUGAGAGCCAGAAGAGGCCAAGCCACUGAUAGCCACAGCUUAGCAGAACGGGUUCGGCGAGGGAAAAUAAACGAGAGAUUAAGAUGUCUACAAGAUAUGGUUCCCGGAUGUUAUAAGAGUAUGGGGAUGGCGACGAUGCUUGACGAGAUUAUUAAUUAUGUCCAGUCUCUACAAAAUCAAGUCGAGUUUCUCUCGAUGAAACUUACCGCAGCAAGCACCUUUUAUGACUUCAACUCAGAGACCGAUGCUGUUGAUUCCAUGCAGAGAGCAAAGGCACGUGAGGCAGUGGAGCUGGGGAGACAAACAAGAGAUGGGAGUCCUGUCUUCCAUUUAUCAACACGGUCCCUUUGACUUUUGUUUUCUCUUUUUCUUAUUUUUAUACUCUUUCGAAAUUAUUCUUAUAUUCAUUUGGAUGUGAUAUGUCAUACGACCCAACUUGGGAUAGUAUUUGUAAUCUGUAUAUUUGUAAUUUCGACAUUAUAAAUUUUUUGGUGACUUAUAUUUACAUCUCAAUUCUCUCCUUUUUUUUCUUCCCUAUCUUGUGAUUUUGGAC